AAUGCUUUUGUCUUCCAGGUAGCUAGGUGGGACUUCUGAGGAGGGGUCGCUCAGAUUUCUUCUUGGCCAACCAUGAGGUUCUUGCUGCUUUGCUUCCACGUGCUGUUCCUUCUGGUCUCCAGGUUACGGGCAGUCAGCUUCCCGGAAGACGACGAGCCCCUUAACACUGUUGAUUAUCACUAUUCAAGGCAAUAUCCGGUUUUUAGAGGACGCCCUUCAGGCAACGAGUCGCAGCAUAGGCUGGACUUUCAGCUGAUGCUGAAAAUUCGAGACACACUUUAUAUUGCUGGCAGAGAUCAAGUCUAUACAGUGAACUUAAAUGAAAUCCCCAAAACAGAGGUCAUACCAAGCAAGAAGCUGACAUGGAGGUCCAGGCAACAGGAUCGAGAAAACUGUGCUAUGAAAGGCAAGCAUAAAGACGAGUGCCACAACUUCAUCAAAGUAUUUGUUCCAAGAAACGAUGAGAUGGUUUUUGUUUGUGGUACCAAUGCUUUCAACCCGAUGUGUAGAUACUAUAGGUUGAAUACCUUAGAGUAUGAUGGGGAAGAAAUUAGCGGCCUGGCACGAUGCCCAUUUGAUGCCAGACAAACCAAUGUUGCCCUCUUCGCUGAUGGGAAACUGUAUUCUGCCACAGUGGCCGACUUCCUGGCCAGUGAUGCUGUCAUUUAUAGAAGCAUGGGUGACGGAUCUGCCCUUAGAACAAUAAAAUAUGAUUCCAAAUGGAUCAAAGAACCACACUUUCUUCAUGCCAUAGAAUAUGGAAACUAUGUCUAUUUCUUCUUCAGAGAAAUCGCUGUGGAACAUAAUAACUUAGGCAAGGCUGUGUAUUCCCGCGUGGCUCGCAUUUGUAAAAACGACAUGGGUGGCUCACAGCGGGUCCUGGAGAAGCACUGGACUUCCUUCCUGAAGGCCCGGCUUAACUGCUCUGUCCCCGGAGAUUCCUUUUUCUACUUUGAUGUUCUGCAAUCCAUCACAGACAUAAUCCAAAUCAACGGCGUCCCCACCGUGAUUGGGGUCUUCACCACGCAGCUCAACAGCAUCCCUGGUUCUGCAGUCUGUGCCUUUAGCAUGGACGACAUUGAGAAAGUGUUCAAAGGGCGAUUCAAAGAACAGAAAACUCCAGACUCUGUUUGGACGGCAGUUCCCGAAGACAAAGUACCAAAACCAAGGCCUGGCUGCUGUGCCAAGCAUGGCCUUGCAGAAGCUUACAAAACCUCCAUCGACUUCCCAGAUGAGACCCUGUCUUUCAUCAAAUCCCAUCCUCUGAUGGACUCUGCUGUUCCCCCCAUUGCUGAUGAGCCCUGGUUCACCAAGACACGGGUCAGGUACAGGUUGACGGCCAUCGAAGUGGACCGUUCGGCGGGGCCCUACCAAAACUACACAGUCAUCUUUGUCGGCUCUGAAGCUGGCGUGGUGCUGAAAGUGUUGGCAAAGACCAGCCCUUUCUCUUUGAAUGACAGUGUAUUGCUUGAGGAGAUUGAAGCUUACAACCAAGCCAAGUGUAGCGCCGAGAGCGAGGAGGACAGAAAGGUCGUCUCGUUACAGUUGGACAAAGAUCACCAUGCUUUGUACGUGGCCUUCUCUAGCUGUGUUGUCCGCAUCCCCCUCAGUCGCUGUGAGCGCUAUGGAUCCUGUAAAAAGUCUUGUAUCGCGUCGCGUGACCCGUACUGCGGUUGGUUAAGCCAGGGAGUUUGUGAGAGAGUGACCCUAGGGAUGCUCGCUGGAGGAUUUGAGCAAGACACAGAGUACGGCAACACGGCCCACCUAGGGGACUGCCACGAAAGUUUGCCUACUUCAACUACACCAGAUUACAAAAUAUUUGGCGGUCCAACAUCUGACAUGGAGGUCUCUUCAUCUUCUGUUGCCACUGUGGCAAGUAGCCCAGAAAUUACAUCUAAAGUGGUUGAUACCUGGAGACCUAAACUGACGAGCUCCCGGAAAUUUGUAGUUCAAGAUGACCCAUACACUUCUGAUUUUACUGAUACUUUAUCAGGUGUACGGUGGGAAGUGCAAUCUGGAGACUCCAACCAGAUGGUCCAUAUGAAUGUCCUCAUCACCUGUGUGUUUGCGGCUUUCGUCUUGGGCGCAUUCAUUGCAGGCGUGGCUGUAUACUGCUACCGCGACAUGUUUGUUCGCAAGAACAGAAAGAUCCAUAAAGAUGCGGAAUCAGCCCAGUCAUGCACAGACUCCAGUGGGAGCUUCGCCAAGCUGAAUGGUCUCUUUGACAGUCCCGUCAAGGAAUACCAACAGAACAUUGAUUCUCCUAAACUCUAUAGCAACCUGCUGACCAGUCGGAAGGAGCUGCCACCCAACACGGAUACAAAAUCCAUGGUUAUGGACCAUCGAGGCCAGCCUCCAGAGCUGGCUGCUCUCCCCACACCAGAGUCCACACCUGUACUCCACCAGAAGACCCUGCAGGCCAUGAAGAGCCACUCUGACAAGGCCCACGGCCAUGGUGCUUCAAGGAAAGAACAUCCCCAGUUUUUUCCUUCUAGUCCUCCACCCCAUUCCCCAUUAAGUCACGGGCAUAUCCCCAGUGCCAUUGUUCUUCCAAACGCCACCCACGACUACAAUACGUCAUUUUCAAACUCUAAUGCUCAUAAAGCUGAAAAGAAACUUCAGAACAUCGACCACCCUCUUACAAAGUCGUCCAGUAAGAGAGAGCACCGGCGCUCUGUGGAUUCCAGAAACACCCUUAACGAUCUCCUGAAGCAUCUAAAUGACCCAAACAGUAACCCCAAAGCCAUCAUGGGAGAAAUCCAUAUGGCCCAUCAAACCCUCAUGCUGGACCCAGUAGGACCUAUGUCUGAGGUCCCACCCAAGGUCCCUAACCGGGAGGCAUCUCUAUACUCCCCUCCCUCAACACUCCCCAGAAAUAGCCCAACCAAGAGAGUAGAUGUCCCCACCACUCCUGGGGUCCCAAUGACAUCUCUGGAAAGACAAAGGGGUUAUCAUAAAAAUUCCUCCCAGAGGCACUCUAUAUCAGCUGUGCCUAAAAACUUAAACUCACCAAAUGGUGUUUUGUUAUCCAGACAGCCAAGUAUGAACCGUGGAGGAUAUAUGCCCACUCCCACCGGGGCGAAGGUGGACUAUAUUCAGGGGACACCUGUGAGUGUCCAUCUGCAGCCUUCCCUCUCCAGACAGAGCAGCUACACCAGUAAUGGCACCCUCCCCAGGACGGGACUAAAGAGGACACCAUCCUUAAAACCUGAUGUGCCGCCAAAGCCUUCCUUUGUUCCUCAAACCACGUCUGUCAGGCCACUGAACAAAUACACUUACUAGGCCUCCAACGUGCUAUUCCUGUGUGGCUUUAUCCUGUCCCUGUUGUUGAGAGGUCGCUGUGAGGGUACCUUAAGACAAGUUACCUGCUUGUAUUUUAAGAGAAACAAGUAGCCAAAGAAACUCUGUAACUUUGGUAACACCAGAACUUGCCACAUGUAGCUACUACAGCAAGGCUUCUGUGUACUUGCCUGAAACAAAGGGAGGUACUGGUCAUUCCAUUUCUCUUGUUUGGAGCUGCAGGGGCUUUGUAGCCUGCAAGGGCUCCCUUCACCAGUAUAAAGAGCUGAUACAGUACUCAGAAGACUGAACAAAUACUUGAAAAUGGGUUCAAUUGAGACUGCCAUUCUGUGUGGUCUUCCCAUUAAAUGUGAACAUUUUAAUAUUGUAUGCAUUCACCUUGCCUCUUGCACAAAUGUCAAAAUGAAAAGAUGGGAAUGUCUCAAAAACAAAAUGAGCUUGUAGCUUACCAAGCAGUUUGCUAAAAAAAUUCAAUCUUUGACCCAAACUGUAGCAUUUUUUUUUUCAUGUGUGGCACUGGUUUUUCAUUUGAUGCCACCAACAAAAUUGUGUUAGAGAGGUGUGUGUGUGUGUGUGUGUGUGUGUGUGUGUGUGUGUGUGUGUGUGUGUGUAGUGAGACAGUUGUGUACCCAUUAGGAUUUAUUUAGGUGCCCAUUGCAUCUUUUUGUACUAUGGAGUUGUUUACACUGAGCAUGAUUGAAGACAACUAGCUUCCUCCCACACCAGUCCAUUGUGUUCAGCUCUGAGAAAGGAAGUUGAAGCUCCUUUGACUGUCAGAUGAUUAACUUAACCUAUGUGGUACCCAAUGUCAGAACAUUUAAGAGUUCUAAAUAAUUUUGUGCUGCUAUUCAUCAAAACUUCUAUUCCAGCCUUGCCAGCUUAAGAAGUUAGCGAUAUUAAGAGGUAUCCUUGAUGUAUCUACCAGUAUUCAGUAGUAACAUUUACCUGUCCACUGUGAAUUAAAGCCUGAGGCACGCUACUUAACCCCGGACACACUCAUAAGUGUUUAUUUUGAUUGUGUUGUUUUAUUUUCCGUAUAGCAAAACAUUUUCUUCUGUUAACUCUUCCCUCCCCCGAGACAAAAAGAGAGAACCCAAACAGAGGACAAAAGAAAGAGACAGAAAAGGAGUGACAGACAGUUGGCUUGCCAGGGAGGGUCUGAAAAGCCACCGGUGGUGCCAUCCUGUCCUCUGUGUUGCGUUCUGAGGAUCUUCUCCUGAGUCAUGCAGGCAAUGACAGUCAACUGUAAAUACCACAUGUGAGUUUACCUGGAUCUGUGCAUUUUGUGCCUUAUUCACGAGAGUGGUAGAAGUUCUGCACUGUAUUGAGUGUUUCCACUAUAGCGCAUCCUUUCCCAUGCGCCGGUUGUAGAUGUUUGUCAGCCAGCACCUGAAGACUUCUUACAAAGUCAUACAGCAGCCUAGAGCAAUUUGUUGUUGACCCCCCUCCCACACGCACCAGAAUCAGAAGCAGCACCCCCUCCCCUUGCCAUGAUAAACAUUCCAGCCCUGCUCUUCUGAUAAUGUGAAGGCAGAUGAGGGUUCCCAGGGAACGUGGCACCUGAGGAAACCAUGUCUGAAGUCAUUUCUAUGUAGCUUGGCAGGGCCCACUGACGGCUGACCAUGUGCAGCCUACUGACGACUUUGGUUAACUCACUGCACAUGGCCCAGUCAUUUACCCAACCUAAUCUAGAAAUUACCGCAGCUGAGCAAGGCUCCUGACCCAGCCAGGUAAAGUUAACCAAUAUCUUGGGACAGUGACGAUGGUAUGCAUUACUUGUGCGGGAGGAAUGGGUACAGAACACUAGAUCAUUUUUAUACAGAAUGUUGAAUACUGAUGGAGUUGGUCUUUUCCUUCAAGAACAUUCUUUUCUAGAGAAAAAUGAUUCCCUGUGAUUUCUUGGGAGUUCAAAAGCUGAAACACCUGUCCUCAAACUACUUCAGCUUUGCAACUAAAAUAUUACAGUUUAAUCAAUUAAACCAACCAACAAUAAGCACUACGCAGUCUGCCACCAACAACGUGUUUGCAUUUACCUUACCGAUAUUAAUCCCAGCGUGGUAACUCUGUGUGACCCUGAUAACAUUUUGUAACAUUGUGCUGCCUUAGAGUGUACUGUGAGUUCUAUCAGUAUUUAUGUUGAAAUUUCUAACAUGGAUUCUAGUCUCUAUUCUGUUAAUUUAAUUUUAAAUGCUUUAUCCAUUUGUGCAAAGGUAAACACAGAUUGUAUCUUUUUUAAUGGUACGGCAUAAAAAAUAACCCUAAAGUGAAGUGGCUCUAUACUGUUUUAUAGAGUACUUUAACAUGUAUAGAAAUCUUGUAAACUUGUAUUGUGGAUGUGUAAAUAAUAUGUACUUUGGGUUUUUAACACCGCAUGUAAAGUCAAAAUAAAAUAUCCAAGUCAUUA